AAAUUUUGAAGAUCUACAGUUAGUCGCCUGAUCUCGCAAUCUGCAUAACCAGCGCAAAAUUCAAAAACAUAAAAUCACCAUGAAAUUCGUUAUUGUUUUCGUCGCCCUCUUCGCUUUGGCCUAUGCUGCCCCAGCUGCUCCUGAAGCCGAAAUUGUUGAAUUGAGAUCCGAUGUUGAGCCUGAGAAAUACAGCUUCGCCUUGAAGACCAGCGAUGGUACAUCGAAGGACGAAGAAGGUCACUUGGUCAAUGUUGGUGCUGAAGAUGAACACAUUGUUGCCCAUGGUUCUUACUCUUUCGUCGCUGAUGAUGGUCAAACCUACACCGUCACCUAUGUUGCUGACGAAAACGGUUUCCAACCACAAGGUGCUCAUUUGCCCGUUGCCCCUGAGGCAUAAGCUAUUACAUCUUAAUUGAAUGAGAUCUGUUGUUUGUUUUAAUAUAAAUAAAAAUAAAAAAACCGUUUUGAUUGAUGAACAAUUAAA